AUGCGUCCGGCUAGUCGGACAGGUAUUCGAUAUAUCGACUGCUCUAGCCGGUGUCGAAUGCCUUACGGAGCUGGUGUUACACGUGCUCUAGAAGGCGAUAACCUCGAGUCUGCAAUAGUCAGUACGCGCGUUCUCCGCUAUUGCGUGACUACCGAGGGUGGCUCAUUCUUUAAUUCGAGCGUUCUAUGCCGCACGCUGUCGCUUGCAAUCCGGGAGAUCCGCACACCUUGUCAAGGCUGUCAUUCGGCGGUCACUUCCUACGCCCGCCACGAGCUCGACAAUCCGGGCUCCGCCGCACUGAACGAAGAUUCUGAAAGCACGGUCUGGCAGUAUUUACUGCUGACCGCGAAGCGUGUCGUAGAGCAUCAACCCCCAAUUGACCGAGGCUACGAUUAUAACACAGACACCCUUUGGGUUCGCGAGGAGGACAAUGGUCCGAAGGAGGAGGAGAGCGCGAGAGUCUCGAGGAGCUCGGCUCCGAAGUAG